AUGCCUCGGAAAUUCUCCUUCCCCAGCAUCAAGAUGUACGAUGGUAGCGGAGACCCCGACGAUCAUAUCGCACAAUAUAAACAGAGGAUCCUAGCGGUUGUACUCCCCAAGGAGUUCAUCUCUUCCUUUGCCGGCCUGAGAGACAAGUUCGUAGAACAAUUCGCGAGUAGCAGGAGCCUGGAGAAGACUUCAGACGGUCUCUACGAGAUCCUUCAGCAUCGAACAGAACCCCAGCGGUACUACAUAGCCCGUUUCAAUCAAGAGAAGGUAGCGGUCCCUGAAUACAGUUUCCCUACCGCAAUCUCUGCCUUCAAGAAAGGCCUACUUCCAGACGGAGGGCUCUACAAAGAGCUAACCAUGUACCCUUGCAAAACCAUGGAGGAUGUGCUAUCCCGAGCGUGGGCACAAGUGAAGUGGGAAGAGGACGUCGCUAGCCGCGCAAAGGCUCAACCCAAACAUGAUCAGAGGUUAACCCGAUCAGACCGGGGAGACGAAGAAAUAUCCUCCCAAAAGGAAUCCAAGGACUCCGGAAGCAGGAACCGGGGCAGGUUCCAAUACGGGCCAUUAGAAAAAGAAGAGGGGAUGUCUGUGUCUACCUGGCCCGAUAUCUCCCAUCUCUCAAUAUCCACACCAGAGCUGGUCAACACGCUGAGGCAGAUUGGCCAACAGGUCAAGUGGCCCCCAAAGAUGAAAUCACCUGACUCGUUCCGGAACCCGGGACUCUGGUACGACUUCCAUCGCGACCACGACCACAAAACGGAAGACUGCAUCGCGCUGAAGAUCGAGGUCAACGAACUACUCCAAAAGGGGCAUCUCCGAGAAUUACUUUCAGAGAAAGCCAAGGCUCAUCUUAGAAAAGAAGCAUCAGGGAAAUCCAAAGGAGACGCACCAAGCUCACCACCUCGCCAGGACCGGGUGAUUCAUGUCAUCGAGGGUGAUGCUGGACUGCCGAGCCGCGGGAUCCAAGAGGCCACGGAUGCUCUUCGCGCAGAGUUUCAGAAUGCCUCUAACCGGGUGGAGAUGAACUGA